AUGGAAGGUUUCACUGUGCAGAGGUCAUCUGGGGAAGAAGUGAGGGAGAAGGCCAUAGAGAUUCCACUUUUCAAAAUGAAGGACAUGGUACUGAUCCUGUGCCUCCUGAAAAUGAGUUCUGCAGUGCCGGCAUUUCCUCGGCAACCUGGAACCCCAGGUGUGGCUAGUUUGAGCCUUGAGACAAUGAGACAGUUGGGAAGUUUGCAGGGACUAAACAUGCUUUCUCAGUAUUCAAGAUUUGGCUUUGGGAAAUCAUUUAAUUCUCUGUGGAUGCAUGGUCUCCUUCCACCACACUCCUCCUUCCAAUGGAUGAGACCAAGGGAACAUGAAACUCAACAGUAUGAAUAUUCUUUGCCUGUGCACCCCCCACCUCUCCCAUCGCAGCCAUCCUUGCAGCCUCAACAGCCGGGACAGAAGCCUUUCCUCCAGCCCACUGUCGUAACCUCCAUCCAGAACCCAGUCCAGAAGGGAGUACCUCAGCCUCCAAUUUACCAGGGACAUCCGCCCUUGCAGCAAGUAGAGGGGCCAAUGGUUCAGCAGCAGGUGGCACCAUCAGAAAAGCCACCAGAGGCCGAGUUACACUUUGUCCGUUUUGAUUGUUCAGUAAUUCUGAUAUUUCUGAUGCAGCUACCAGGACUGGAUUUUGCUGAUCCACAAGAUCCAUCGAUGUUUCCAAUAGCCCGUUUGAUAUCUCAGGGACCAGUGCCACAAGAUAAGCCAUCUCCACUUUAUCCAGGAAUGUUUUACAUGUCCUACGGAGCAAAUCAAUUGAACGCUCCUGCCAGACUUGGCAUCCUGAGCUCAGAAGAAAUGGCGGGAGGAAGAGGAGGCCCCUUGGCCUAUGGAGCCAUGUUCCCAGGAUUUGGAGGCAUGAGGCCCAACCUUGGAGGGAUGCCCCCCAACUCAGCCAAGGGUGGGGACUUUACUCUGGAGUUUGACUCCCCAGCUGCUGGAACCAAAGGCCCCGAGAAGGGAGAAGGAGGUGCAGAAGGCUCUCCAGCGGCGGAGGCCAACACAGCUGAUCCAGAAAGCCCAGCUCUCUUUUCAGAGGUAGCAUCUGGUGUCCUCGGAGGGCUUCUUGCUAAUCCAAAGGGCAAAAUUCCCAACCUGGCAAGAGGCCCUGCAGGGCGGAGCAGGGGACCCCCCGGGGUGACCCCAGCAGAUGCUGACCCACUGAUGACCCCCGGAUUAGCUGAUGCUUAUGAGACCUACGGUGCUGAUGAGACCACAACUCUGGGUCUCCAGGAAGAAAUGACCAUGGAUUCCACAGUGACCCCAUACAGUGAGCAUACAUCAAUGCCAGGCAACAAAGCCCAGCAGCCCCAGAUUAAGCAUGAUGCGUGGCGUUUCCAAGAGCCCUGAGAGCCUUGAAAUAUCGGCUACUUUCUGUAUGCACAAGCUCCCCAGCUUUGUCCCCAUAGUAUAUCUUUUUGCAAAAACACUUAUUACCCUUCUGCAGCAAAGGCAUUAAAAGCGCUAAGCACAUAUUAAUAAAUACAAGUGGCUAGAAAUAGUA